UAUCAUUUUAACUUUUUGUUUGUAAACAAUUACUUUUCUAAAAUUCUGACAAUUAAAGUUUUAUAAAUUAUUAAAUUUUAUUUAAUUAUGUUUUCCCACUAUAGUGACUUAGCAAUAAAAUAAGGUUCUUAUUAAAAAUUAGCCAACAUGUAUUUUUACGUGGUUGUUUGGUUAUGCCUCCUUGGGACUGAAGUUUCCGCUUCCCCUCGCUGUGUAGAGAUCCUGGACGCUGGAUUGUUGCCCGUUGUUAAGGACCACAUCGGGAUCCACUUCUUCGUCACCGUGAUCAACCGAGGCCCCGAGGCGACCGAGGUGGAGGUCACGAUGGUUCAGUGUUGUGAGGAAUUCCCAGGUAGCUCCACCGAAUGUUCACAUAUCCACUUGAUCCCGGAGACUCGCAUAUUGGAUGUCGGCAAGACCCGCAACUUUACCCUGAUAUACCCGACACUCUACCCCUACAAUCGGCGUGGCGAGUGUCUGCUUUCCGUCCACUACAUGACGUCCUGCAAUCGUAGCAAGGAGGCACGUCAGCACAUCGCCUUCGACACCACCCUUUCUGACGAUAACGUCAAGUGCCACGUGCUUCGAGGGUUCCCCGGAUAUGUAAUGGAGCAGCCUCUCUGCAAGUCCUACGACGAGGAUGCUCUGGAUAGCUGCAAGAUGGUGGACUGUCACAAGAAGUACUUCGGCCUGAGGAGCUACUUCAACCGUGGGACUCGAGUAUGUGAGCCAGUCCCGGCCUGUCUGCCCUCCAAGCGACGAGGGAUGCCGGAUACCGUGUAUGACGUCACCGUCAAUCGAUGUGCAGACAUGACUGGCUGUCUCAGCGAAGAUGACUUGCAGCACCUGUCUCAUGCUGACUUGGAGCCCGAGUGUGUUCCCUCAUAUUCCAGCCGAAUGGCCUUCCUCAAUUGCCAUUACGGCCGCCUCAGCAACGACUCCGGGGACUGCAUCUGUGAGAGCGGUUAUGCUCGAGCCCCAAUGCCGGAAGAACCGGGCAACCCACGUACUCAGGUGUUCCAUUCUUGUAAUGUGGACAACAGCUGUUGGAGCUGGGACCGAUUCAUGAUGUUACCUGACAGAGCAGUGCUCUUGGUAGCCCUCUUCCUGGCCAUCAUCAUCGCCAUCCUCGCACUCUGUUUAGUUCGCGAAUGACCAACUCUUCAGAGGCUCUCAUCAGUACUAACGCGUUGACCCUCUCUCGAGCCAUAGCCAUGAUGCGUGGUCUGCGUUUGUAUAAAAAGACCCUCAUCCUUAGAUAGAAAAAAUGAGCGUGUCACGAUUUUCAGACUGCUGUAGAUUCAAAUUAAGAAUACUGUACCUGAAAUAAAAUAUACUGCACCUUAGCGACGUAUAAUUGUCGCAGUAUAACUCGAAAAAUAUAGCUUCUUUAUUAAAAAAAUAAUUUUUCAUUUCGCUAUGUUAAGGAAUAAUAUACAUAAAAACUAGCAUUGACUUUGAUUGGUACAGUUUCGAAAUCGCCUCUAAAUAUCCAAUACGCUUUGACAAAGAUGAUUACAAAACAUUUACACUGUUAAAAUACGUAUUAUGCUUUUUUUUAAUUUUAUGAUUCAAUAAGUUUUGGGAAAAUUUCCAUUAAGUCACUAAUAAGAGGCAAAAUAUACACCUGUUUUGUUAUAUUAUCUUUAUG